CCGAGCCUGCCUCUCCUCCUCUUCCUCCUCUUCUUCCUCCUCCUUCCCCAGCAGCGGAGGCCCAGCUUGGCCUAGUUUCCUAAGCCUCAGCAGCGCCCAAAUCCCCUCUUCCCUGCUCCAUCCCAGGGGAGGGACCACCCCCAGCACCCCCAUUCCUCCUUCCUUCCUUCCUUCCUUCCUUCCUUCCCCCUUUCUCCCCAUCCCUUCCCAUCAGCACCAGCAGCAGCAGCUCCAUGAGGCUGAAGGGCCGGGGAUGCUGCGCCCAGGGCGAGAGGGAGGAAGGCGAGGAGGAGGAGGAGAGGGAAAAGAAGAAAGAGAAAGAGGAGGAGAGGAGGAUGAAGAUGAAGAUGGGGGGAUGCAGGACCCUUCCUCCUCCUCUCCUGCGGAGCCCCUUCGUCCACCAGCUGCGCUUCAGCGCCCUCCAGAAAGCCAAGAUUGCCUUCAUGACAUUGACCCUGUUCCCCAUCCGGCUGUUCUUUGCUGCUUUUAUGAUGCUGUUGGCCUGGCCUUUUGCAUUCAUUGCAUCAAUAGGAUCUGCUGAGAAGCAAUUAGAAAAGCCCCUUUCCUGGUGGCGAAAGGUUGUGGAUGUCUUGCUGAAGGCAAUCAUGAGGACAAUGUGGCUCGCUGGUGGAUUCCAUUGGAUAAAUGUGAAGGGCAGGCAGGCGUUGCCCACUGAAGCAGCAAUAUUGACUCUGGCUCCCCAUUCCUCAUACUUCGAUGCUAUACCAGUAACAAUGACCAUGGCUUCCAUUGUCAUGAAAGCAGAAAGCAAAGACAUCCCUGUUUGGGGAACUCUGAUCAAAUACAUCCGACCUGUGUUUGUAUCUCGAUCAGAUCAGGAUUCUCGCAGAAAAACUGUUGAGGAGAUAAGACGGCGUGCUCAAUCGAAUGGAAAAUGGCCACAGAUAAUGAUAUUCCCAGAAGGAACCUGCACUAAUCGAUCUUGUCUAAUUACCUUCAAGCCUGGAGCAUUUAUCCCUGGAGUGCCUGUCCAACCAGUGAUUCUACGUUAUCCAAACAAAUUGUUAAAGCCAAGAAAGCUUGAAAAGGAACUUCAGGCAUAUUCAGAAAGUGCAAGAAAGAACGAAAGGCCAAAGGUCAAUCUUAAUGAGUUUGCUGAAUACUUUGGAAGUCCCAGUUUCAUAUACAUUAAAAAAUAUGUUUGCACUUUUGAUGAGAAGGAAGAUGGUCUGAUUGACUACGAGAUAAUGUUAAAGCCAGAGAAGCUUGAAAAGGAACUUCAGGCAUAUUCAGAAAGUGCCAAGAGAACGAAAGGCCAAAGGGUCAGUCUUAAUGAGUUUGCUGAAUACUUGGAAGUCCCAGUUUCAGAUACAUUAAAAAAUAUGUUUGCACUUUUUGAUGAGAAGGAAGAUGGUCUGAUUGACCUACGAGAAUAUGUAACAGCAUUGUCAGUAGUGUGUAGGCCAUCUAAAACCCUGCAAACAAUACAGAUGGCUUUUAAGAUGUAUCAAUCAAAAUGUGGCACUAUAACAGAAGAGGACAUAACUUGCAUUUUAAAAACUGCAAUGGGUGUUUCAGACCUUAAUGUAUCGAGCCUUUUCAGAGCUAUAGAUGUUGAUGGAAGGGGGGAAAUUACAUACGAUGAAUUUCACAGGUUUGCUGAAAUGUAUCCAGACUUUGCUGAGGAGUACCUAUAUCCUGAUCACAUGAAGACUGAAAGCUCUUUGGAAACUCCUGCUCCCAAUGGUUUCUGUACAGAUUUCAGCCCAGGAACUGCUGAAGAUAGGAGAAACCGUCUACAGAAGAAACUGGAUUAAUAUUAACAAUUCCCUCAUCCUCUUCUGGUGAGAGGAGUAUGUUCUGUCUUGGGCUCUUCAUAGUCACACAAUUAUAUAUGACCUGAAGGAUGUGAGAGAAAGGUGUCUGUGUGAGUAUGUGUGUAGAUGAUUUUACUGGAUUAAGGAGCAUCUUCAGGCUUCCUAUUGGGAAGGUCUUGUUUUUCCAUCAGUAUCUUGGAAAGUAAAGAAUGUAAAUGAACUUUAAUUUCUGUACUUAAAAAGAAGAUGCUUGCAUAUUUGUAUUCCAUUGUUUAGUUUCAUGUACAAAGUGUCCUACAAAGUGUGCAUGUGUAAAGAAUACUGUAGCUCCUAUGGUGUCAAGUGCACUUCGGUGAUUAGUGUUGUCCCUAUUUAGGGAACUGUUUCGGGGGGUCAGGCUUUGUUUUCCUUUUUCACAUGGAUGGAUUCGUUGACUACUAGCUGUUGUCACCCAUCCUCUGAGCAAGGCAAGUUCAGCUUGGCCCCUUUGUUUUCAUUUCAUUAAAUAGUUAAAGGAAAAAAAGUAUGCAAAAAAUAUUUUAACUAAGGAAUCGUUUUUAUUAUUUUUUUCCUUGCAAGGUAACUUUUUUGGUCUCUCAGUCUAUGGUAACAGCAAAAGGAAUGAGGGGAACUGUUCUCAGGGUUGUGUGUAUUCUGUGCUAAUGCUAUUAAAAUUUGACAAUGCAGAUUCCACACUUAAGAAAAGCAAAUUUCCAAAGUUUAUAUAAAUAAUAUGAAUCAGGUAUAUUUCCAUAUUUUGCAUUGGCCUGCUUUUGUGAUACCUUGGCAAAGGCAAAGAAGUAUACAGGCAGGAGAUACACUGACAUGUUUAAUGGAAAUUCAGACCACUCUUCUCCAUCCCCCACCACCAACAUAAAAGCUGCUGAGAUUUCAACAAGUAUAUCUACAGAGCCAUAAGGUUUAGAAAUUCACAAUUAAAAAGAGAACGUUAAAUUCUCUGGAUGAUGAAUUCUGGAUUAAACUGUGAUUUCUGUGCUGAUUGGUAUGGUUACAGAAUAUACACACGCCUGGUCAUUUCCUUUUUUUGUUUUGAUGCUGUUCCAUUUGAGUUUUCUAGACAAGGGUAAGUAAUCAAGGUAUAUUUUCAAAACAGCUUCAAAGGACAUGAAACAAAAAAUUGCAUAAGAGACCAAACAGGCAUGAAAUAAACUUUGCUAACAUCAGAAAUCCAAAAUAUUCCCUUAAAAGUAUCCACAGAAGUUUAAAAUUCUUGCUCUAUGAAUUUUCAUAAGGAUUUCAUCCUGCUUUUCUAGUGUUACCUGCCUUGUAAUUGCUCUUCAGUGAGAGAUACUCACCUACUUUGCAUAUAACAUAAAAGCAGGAUUUAGUUCCCCAUGCACUAACUGACAAAGUACCUGGGCUUUCACAUGCCUUGUCCACUUUCCCUCAUACUCUUACCUGGCUGGAAGACUUCUUCUGAACUUACUUUUACUUUACAGAGCUUUCAAAGCAAUACAUGUGUUAGUUUGUCACAGCAUAGAAGGGAAAGGGGGAAAGCCAGCACCUUUAACACUGACUUAUUCUAGCAUGAACUUUUGUGAAUAUCAAUCACGUCUUCAGAUGGGCUGAUAAAGACUAUUGAUGCAUCUGAAGAAGUUAAUUAAUAUCCAUAAAACCUCAUGCUAGAAUAAAUCAGUCUUAAAGAUGCUGCUAGGUUUCUCUCUCUGCUCUUACCUUUUUAUGUUCACAAAGCUUGUUAUAUUUUGUGUUUGACUCAAACUCUUGUAGUGUAAGAUCACAGCAUUUUAAAUAGCGAUUACUGCUGUCAUAGGCCUUGUUGAGAAUUAUUUCUCCACACCUGUCUCUAAGGUCUUGGAAACACACGCACACAAAUGAUCUUUCAAUUAGAUUGAACCCCAUUCUCCCAGUUGAACUUCUUAUUGACCAGCAGCACCUUUGCUUUGUCAGGAUUUAAUUUCAGGUAGUUCAUCCUCCUCCAUCCUCUUCUCACACCCAGGCAACAUUUUAAGGCAUUGACUGCUUCCCUGCUCUUAGGUGGCAUGGAGCAAUAGAACUGAAUCAUAAGCAUAUUGAUGACACCUCACUUAAGAGUAUCAAAUGAUCUCCCCCAGCAGUUUGAUGUAGUUAUUGAACAACAUAGGAUACAGAAUUCAACCAUGCAGUUGAGAACAACCCCUUCCCAUAAAGAGACAUUAAUACAUAACCAAAGCAUUAGUUCUGCACUGGUAGAUUUUAUCAGCCAGGAUAAACAAUGAUCACAUAAAUGUCAGCUUUUAACACUCCACUUGCCCUGUCCACAUCCUUGAGAUCUACAAGCUUGGAAGGAAUCCAACAUAACAGGAGAAAUAGUUGCCAAAGUUACUUCAACCUGAACUAUCCCAAGAAUGGAGUCCAAGACAAGGUGAACUUGAGCAGUUUUGUCCAUGAAAAAUGGAAGUACCCUGCUCUGAGACACCACAUGCUUUGGCACCUCUCUCCAAUUCCCUAGUGAAUGUUUCAUAUAGAAUGGAAAAGAAUUGCUGUUCUAUUUUGUGUGGACAUGAUGGUGGUGGAGAUGUAAGUGCCCCCACUUCAGAUAAUUUAUAGACACAUGUAUGAUCAUAGUCAUCACAGGCAGUCCACUAGUGGCACUCUAGCCCUCAGCUCCCUGUCAAACCUGAUCUGGAAGGAAGCUAAUCUGGCUCUUCCAUGGAAUGCAGUGCUUGGAGGUUACAGUGUUAAUUGCUCAAACUAUUUUGUAUUCCAAAGAUCAGUUGAGUUUUGACAGUGCAAGGAGGUAAGCUUUUCGAGAGCAUUAAAACCUUUCAGUUCCAUCAGACACCUGGAGCAGACCAUCUUAACUGAUUCACUAUCUUUGCAAAGGUCCACAGAAGCAGCUAGUCUGAAACCAAUCAGAUGGUUAUCUAUCUGUUACAACAGAAUCCAACAUAUCUCAUCCAUGUUGAGGGAUACAGAUUGACCAAAAAAGAGUAACACAUCACAACUAUGUUCUGUGAUGUACCAAUUACUAAUUGGGGCAAUUCCAUGGUUAUUGAGGAGGACAUGAAAUCCUGAACCACUCCUGAAUGAGCAAUCUUAGCAUGUACAGUAGAAAAGCAGUAAUUAGAUUGAGCUACAUUUGCAGCGUGGAAGUACAAUCAGUGUCCUUGCCUUCUUUCCUACAUGUACCACAUGAUGUACACUGAUGGCAGGCCUCUUCAUAGUUGCUUGAAAGCAGCCUCUUCCCUGGAGGCAAUUAGACACCAGAUGCCUGUCUUGCUUCUAUGAAAGCUAUCAUAAAGACUGGAAGAAUUUUCUUAAUUUUUUUAAAGUGGCGUUUCAUUCUAAAAUGAAUUACUGUGUUUGUUUAUUUACAUGCCUGCUCUGUUCAGAGACAAAUCUCCUAUUUGCUGUGUUUAAAGAUAACAACCUAUUCCAAACCUGAAGGUUCAUGCAAAUAGUCUUGUUGAAGCUGGUGAAGUAGUUUAUAUCAAGAUAGGGACCAAAGAAUCCAACACUACUUUUGUUGUUUAAAAAGAGCUGUUAUGAUCACUUCAGUCCUUCACCUGUCAGUGGGAACAGCUUUUGAUUAAUUCCAUUUGUUUGUGGGAUGAUGACUAUAAUAUAGAGUCCUACCUGGAUAAAAGUCACAGCAUUUUUAUACUUCCCUCCGUUGUUUAAAUGAAUUUUAAUGUAGGAUUUUUUCAUUGACUUUAAAAAGCAUACAAUGUUACUGUUUACAUGAAGUAGCACGAUAGCUGUUGGCUGCCGUCAAGUUGAACUUUUUGCUGUUAGUCCACUCUUGAAAAUUUGCUUUGGCUCAGCAGUCUUUCGGUUUUGCAAGGCAGGUGGGGAAAUAACAACUCUGUAAUCCUCUUCAUGGUAUGCCUUUGGCAUAUUCACAGGUGAAAUCCCUGUUCAGGCAUUUGCCCAAAUACUUAGUGAGGUAGUAAUGGGGUGGUACCAUUCCUUCUGGUUUCUCCCACCCACUCAGUCCCUGGUUCUUUGAAUUUUGCAGCAAGACUGGAAAGAAUGUUCUUCUCGGAUCCUUUUGCAUACGACUCAAACACUCCAUUUGAUCAGGGAUCCUAACAAGAAUCAUGUGAGAAAUUCUGCUUGCCUUUAAGGAAAUGUCCAUUCAGACCUCCCUGUUGAAUGAGGGCAAGAGCUGAGAGAGUGGGCAGAUGUGUGGACGUGAGUGGAGAAAGCAGCCCCACUGACCUCCUCAUCAGGCAAACACUCAGAGUUAUAUAUAUAUAUAUAUAUAUAUAUAUAUAUAUAUAUAUAGGGCUAUAUAUGUCUAUGUAGAAUCCAAAAUAUGUACCAUAUCCUUUAUUUGAAGAUUUUAUGAGUAGGAUAGGUUAGGGAAACAGCAGAUGAAGGCUAUAUUCAAUAGACUCCCUAUCGAAUUAGCCCCAGAAUGAUGCUUAUCCACCUUUCCUACUCAAAUUGCCAAAUUUAGUUAUAGAGUGAGCUACAUGACAGCAUGGAUAAUCAUUUGCAGAGGUUAAUCUUGAGAUGACUUCAGCUAAGACUUUAUAUGUGAGUUUGAUUCCUCCCACCCUUAGUGAAAUGAAUGGGCCACAGCAAAGUUUCAAUUCUUAAACCUGAAGGAUGAGAUUGCCUUCUCAGAUUAAUAAAUUCUCUCUUGCUUUUUAAAAACAAACAAACAAACCUCAGAAUUCCAACCAUAAUCCAUUAUUCUUAAUCAUACAUUCUAAUAGUGAAUUCAUUCACUGAUUGCUGAUCUAGACACAGGAUGAAUGAUGUUUUCCGCACAAGAAACAGGUACGGAAAUGCUCCCACCCGCUCACCCACUGCUGAGUUACAUAUUUAGGAAACAAGGGAAAAGAAUGGAAUAAAGUAUCCAGGAAUUGAGUAUGGAUGGUACCUUAAGCAAGAGCAUUCCAAAACGAUAUUGCAGAUGCUUCAUGUAUCUGAGAAGUCUCAGGUAGCUGUCAGUGCCAUUAUUUCCCAACACAGUUGUGGCAAGUACCAUCCCUUGGUAUAUAAGAGUGCCCUAUGCUACAAGAUAGAAGUGGGAAAUCCUGCCAAUUUUAGCUGGAGGGGGGUCACUGCCACCAUUGUGUGGUUCGCCCUAUUAGUAGUGGGAGCAUCCUCAGUUUCUAAAAACCUUUAAUUUGUAUGCCAAAUUGGAAGAAAGAUAUUUUGUGGGAGGACCUCUGAGAAGAAUCCCCAAUAAAGAGGCACAACAAUCUUUCUAAACACUUAGUGUAAUUUGUUUGUUUAUAGACCUAAGAACAGCAUCAGUAGAAAAAAAUGGUUAAUGAUGCAGAACAGUCUCAGAAAGGAAACUUAGGGCCUGAACAGACAGGCCAAAAUAAAGCUGAUUCGGGUC